CAACACAAAAGGGGAAAAAAGAGAACACGCGGCCUCUGAUUCCGAUGAGUUCUCCGGCGAGGUCGACCGUGUCGGCGGCCAGCGCGGGCGCGAUCUCGGCCGCCGACGACGUCGCCGACUCCAUCGACGCGCUCUACCGCAAGGAUGAGGCCAUGGCAGAGCUCAAGUCGGAGGUGAUGGAGGCGCUGCAGAAGGAGGUCAGGUCGCUCGAUGACGAUAGCUGGAUGUUCGCAGCGCCCCGCUCCCGCAUCAACCUUGUAUCCAUGUCUGAAUUUUUUGUGGUUGCCUACGCAAGAAGCAAGAAAAAUUGGCUGACCUCGGUCAAGCGUCCAAGAAGACAAGGAACUUCUAGGUACUAGGUGUCUUCCAGUGAAGCCUCUGCUCUGCAGUAAAGUCUGAAAUUCUGCAUCUGUUUGAAGGGACUGUGACCUGGUGUCGAUCCUUGCGAUUGUCCCCUGCACUCAAAUGUGGUAAUCCUUUCAUGCUAUUGUUCAAUGUAAUAGACGAAAAAAAGUAUUAUUGAAACACUUGCACAGCAUGUUCAGCUAGACUUAACGCUUAGUAACAUACAGUUUUCCAGGCAAACUGUCUAUGUGAAUGAAGAAUAUAGGUAGAUCGUUUUCCACUCAAAAGCAAUUCAUUUCACUGUGGAAUUAAAUUUAACUUACUGGGGUUUUGAUAUCUUGCUUUUA